CCUGGGCCUCCCCUCCCCUUUCCUUCGUGCCAGCCAUGCCAGCGUAUCAGGGCAGCAUUCCCGGGUGCCAUGGCUCUCAGGGGGACGAAGCACGACAUUAAGCCCACAACGAUAAGGCGUCCACCAACCGUCAUUUGCUACAUCUGUGGUCGUGAAUAUGGAACGAAAUCCAUCGGCAUCCAUGAGCCACAAUGUCUGAAGAAAUGGCAUAACGAGAACAGCUUGCUGCCUAAGGAGUUAAGGAGGCCAGAACCUAAAAAACCGGAAGUCAGGACCAUUGCCGCCAAAGGUUUCUACGAUCUGGAUGCUUUAAAUGAAGCUGCUUGGACCAGUGCCCAGAGCCAGCUGGUCCCCUGUAACAUCUGUGGGCGUACCUUCCUGCCAGACAGAUUGAUUGUUCACCAACGCUCUUGUAAACCCAAAGCUGCCAAGUAAAGCCCUUUUCUCUCUACCGAAGUGUUACAGGAAUUAAUCCCUUUGAAAGCAACCAGGAUACAAUGGGAAGGAGAAAAAGGAGAUUAAGAAAUGCCUACUCAGACUAAACUGCUCCCCAAGGCCACUCGGAGUUUCAGGAUGGAAUGGGGAGGCCAACACAAGGGUGCUGGACUUCCAAACACACAACGCUUGCCAUUGCUCUUCUUUAUCUCUUGGAAUCAUUAUGUCUGUGAGUUCCCAUGGUGGUAGAAAAGGAUGCUCUCGCAGGACUCAUGACAUCCACAGAACUGUGAGCCAGCAUGACGCAACGAGCUGCCAACCAUGAAAACCCCACCUCCAGCUCCCCCUCAGCUGGUCCACAAAUGUUUCCUGGAAUCGAACCUGGACCAAGUCCGAUUGUGAUGACAACAAUCCUAGAGUUCUGGUCCAU